AUGCCUGAAAUCAAAGGCGUGUUUUUCAGAGAUGUCCCAUCAGGAUUGCCUGUAAAAGGCAAAGACUUGACCAUCGAGACACUAUCAUAUCCUGAGGAAGCGCCUGAAAAUGGUAUCAUUAUUCAGCCACUCUAUGCAAGUCUCGACCCUUACAUGCGUGGCCGCAUGCGUGAUCCUAAAACCAAGUCAUACUUUCCUGGAUUUGAUCUUGGAAAACCCAUCACAAAUACCCAAAUCGCCAAGGUUGUCAAGUCAAAUAGUGCGCAAUACAAGGAAGGCGAUGUCGUCAUUGGAUUCCUGCCAUUCCAGGAAUACAUCGCUCUAGGGGGUGAUCAGCUUUCCCUCAUUCGACAUCUCCAAAACCCGCUUGGCAUUGAAGAUAUUCGUGUAUUCCUCGGCGCGUUGGGUAUGCCUGGGCUCACAGCUUAUUGCUCCCUGUAUGAGAUUGGCAAACCAAAGAAGGGUGAGACUAUAUUUGUCUCAGCCGCCAGUGGCGCUGUCGGUCAAAUCGUUGGUCAGCUAGCCAAGCAAGAAGGUCUCACUGUCAUCGGCAGUGUCGGAUCCGACGAGAAGCUUGAUUUCAUUCUCAAAGAUCUCGGCUUCGACGGUGGCUUUAACUAUAAAAAGGAGAAGCCUGCUGACGCACUAGCCCGUCUGGCCCCUGAAGGUAUCGAUAUCUACUACGAGAACGUCGGUGGAGAGCAUCUCGAGGCAGCCCUGGAUUCCAUCAAGGACCUCGGUCGUAUCGUCGUAUGCGGCUUGAUCGCAGGGUACAAUAAAUCUCGCGAAGAGCAGUUUCCUUUGAAGAACUAUAACUAUAUUCUGACAAAGCGGUUGACGGUGCGUGGGUUUGUGGUGGGAGAUAAGGGCAUGGGCGACAAGUACCGGGAGGAGCACCUGGAACGUGUCUCCAAGUGGAUUAAAGAUGGGACAUUCAAGUCAAUCACUUGGGAGUGCCAGGGCAUUGAGAACGCCAUUGAUGGAAUUUUGGGCCUUUUCAAUGGACAAAAUUUCGGGAAAGCGGUGUUGAAAUAUUAA